AUGUCUGAGGGUAAAACGGUCACUUCCAAGGCUGUGGAGCUGGAGCCCCCAGAACUAGGACCAGAGACCCAGUCCUCCUCUCGUCUGGACCCGACCCAGACCUCCCCUCGGCCCCAGAGUCAACCUGACCCCCAGAGCAACCAGCCGCCCCAGAGUCAACCUGACCCCCAGAGCAACCAGCCGCCCCAGAGUCAACCUGACCCCCAGAGCAACCAGCCGCCCCAGAGCAACCAGCCGCACCAGAGCAACCAGCCGCACCAGAGCCCCCAGGCCCAGAGCCCCCAGGCCCAGAGUCCCCAGGUCCCAGAGAGUGGUCAUCCCGAGCUGGAGCUAGGGAUGUAG